AGUUCCCAGAAGGCCACUGGAGAAGGGCUUCCCCCACUUUCCCGGGACCGCAAUUCCCAGAGACUUGAUUUCGCGGCUUUUCUCUCUGUGUUGGGUCUCUCUUGGCGCUGGAUAGGUCUUGACCGGCCAGCAGACCCGCAGAGACGACGCGGUCCGUCGUGUCCAGUCGCAGGGUGUACUCUUUGGCCGGGCUUUCUGUCUCUUUAGCUACUUUUGCCGGACAGGCCGUCGCAGCUGGCCUGAGCAGUGACCUGGCGGGCCGCGCCUGCGCCCUGCCGCGUUUCCUGCCUGGCUGGUGGUGGCGGCCAUUUUGUUCAUCCUCCUCCUCCUCCUGCUCCUCCUGGUUGGAGCGCCGUGUCCGGAGCGGGCUGGGGGGAGCGGACCCGAGAGCGGGGUUCAGUACCUUCUCCUCUGUCCCCAGCCGGCGCCCGGAGCCCCCCUCCCCUUCCUUCCCGCCCCCUCCCCUCCCCAGCCCUGCCCUCCCCCUUGUCCCGGGAUCACUCCGUCGCACCCACCAUGAUGGAAGACGACGGACAGCCCCGGACUCUAUACGUAGGUAACCUCUCCAGAGAUGUGACAGAAGUUCUUAUUCUUCAGUUAUUCAGUCAGAUCGGACCCUGUAAAAGCUGUAAAAUGAUAACAGAGCAUACAAGCAAUGACCCAUAUUGCUUUGUGGAAUUUUAUGAACACAGAGAUGCAGCUGCUGCAUUAGCUGCUAUGAAUGGGAGAAAAAUUUUGGGAAAGGAGGUCAAAGUAAACUGGGCAACAACACCAAGUAGCCAGAAGAAAGAUACUUCCAAUCACUUCCAUGUGUUUGUUGGGGAUUUGAGUCCAGAAAUUACAACAGAAGAUAUCAAAUCAGCAUUUGCCCCCUUUGGUAAAAUAUCGGAUGCCCGGGUAGUUAAAGAUAUGGCAACUGGAAAGUCCAAAGGCUAUGGUUUUGUAUCUUUUUAUAACAAAUUGGAUGCAGAGAAUGCAAUUGUGCAUAUGGGGGGUCAGUGGUUGGGAGGUCGACAAAUCAGAACCAAUUGGGCCACACGUAAACCACCUGCCCCUAAAAGUACACAAGAAACUAACACUAAGCAGCUGAGAUUUGAAGAUGUAGUAAACCAGUCAAGUCCAAAAAAUUGUACUGUGUACUGUGGGGGAAUUGCGUCGGGGCUGACAGAUCAACUUAUGAGACAAACGUUUUCACCAUUUGGACAAAUUAUGGAAAUACGAGUUUUUCCAGAGAAGGGCUAUUCGUUUGUCAGAUUUUCCACUCAUGAGAGUGCGGCCCAUGCCAUUGUCUCUGUGAAUGGCACUACAAUCGAAGGACAUGUGGUGAAAUGCUAUUGGGGUAAAGAAUCUCCUGAUAUGACUAAAAACUUCCAACAGGUUGACUACAGUCAGUGGGGCCAGUGGAGCCAAGUGUAUGGAAACCCACAACAGUAUGGACAGUAUAUGGCAAAUGGGUGGCAAGUACCGCCCUAUGGAGUAUAUGGGCAGCCGUGGAACCAACAAGGAUUUGGAGUAGAUCAAUCACCUUCUGCUGCUUGGAUGGGUGGAUUUGGUGCUCAGCCUCCUCAAGGACAAGCUCCUCCCCCUGUAAUACCUCCUCCAAACCAAGCUGGGUAUGGAAUGGCAAGUUUCCCAACACAGUGAGCUGGGACUCUAAACACAAUUGUAACUCACCACAGGCUGCAAUCUCCUGUCACACUCUGAAGACAUGAAAAGUAAACAUCGGAAAAUGAAAAUAUUUAUUUUAAAAAUUGAAAUGUUUGGAACCUUUAGCACAGCUUUGCUUGGUGAAGGACACGUGUCUUCUAGUUCUGCCUUUUUAAGUUUUUGUUCAUGAUGGAUAUGAACAUGAUUUUUCUUUGUGUACAAAAAACUAAAAUAAAGUCAAUAAAGACAAUUCUGACUAUAAAUUUUGAUAUAAUAGGAGAAAUGGGUAAUACGCUUUGAUCCUUAGACACUAGUCCAUUUUUAUCUUGCUGUUCAGUAUUUUAACUCACUGUGUUUUUAAAAGAGCAAAAAAGGGAGUAUCGUGAAAAACUGAGAAUCACAUCAGUUCGUCCUGAAUUCAGAUACUCCCCUCCGGUCCCUGAGGUGGACCACAUAGAAGUCAGCAGGAAAAAGUGUGAUUUCAGAAGAAGUCCAUGAUGUGGGAAUUGCUGUGGAAGAAAUACGUUAUUCUCUUAUGUUAAAGAAAAUGAAGCCAGACUGAAAGCGUGCAGCCUGAAUAAGGACCAGCAUCAUAGAAGGUUCUUGAACGAUUGUUGGUGGUCCAUAUUAAGACAUAUUUUUAAAACUUUAAAAGUGUUGGUUAUCAAAAAUGUAUAUUACAUUUCAUUUGGGGGAAAAUUCCAAGUAUGGUGUUUAUAUUAAAGUCAGACAGUCAUA